GCCAGUGUAUUUAGUCCUGAUAUUUCCCACAGCCCGUGAACUGCACACCAGUCGGGACUGAACACCGGGGCCUUCAUCUCCUCUCGUACCGGGAAUCAGCCACCAGCAACCGGCCAUGGCGCGGAGGUUUUUCGUCGGAGGAAACUGGAAGAUGAACGGGACGAAGGAGAGCCUGGAGGAGCUGAUCACCACCCUGAACACCGGCAGCCUGGACGAUCAGACCGAGGUGGUGUGCGCGGCUCCCUCCAUCUAUCUGGACUUUGCCCGGUCCCUCCUGGAUCCCAGGAUCGCGGUCGCAGCCCAGAACUGUUACAAGGUGGCUAAGGGAGCAUUCACCGGCGAGAUCAGCCCCGCCAUGAUAAAGGACUGCGGCGCAGACUGGGUGGUCCUCGGACACUCAGAGAGACGCCAUGUCUUCGGAGAAAGUGACGAGCUGAUCGGCCAAAAGGUAGCUCACGCUCUGGAGAACGAUCUGGGUGUGAUCGCCUGUGUCGGUGAGAAGCUGGAGGAGCGGGAGGCAGGCACCACAGAAGAAGUAGUCUACGCUCAGACGCAGGUUAUUGCAGAAAAUGUGAAGGACUGGGAGAAAGUGGUGCUGGCGUAUGAACCUGUUUGGGCCAUCGGCACUGGAAAGACAGCAACACCUGAGCAGGCUCAGGAGGUCCAUGAAAAGCUGAGGGCUUGGCUCAGAGCAAACGUAUCCGACGAUGUUGCUGAUUCUCUGCGCAUCAUUUAUGGAGGUUCCGUCACAGGGGCGAACUGCAAGGAGCUGGCGUCUCAGGCCGACGUGGAUGGCUUUCUAGUGGGCGGAGCCUCUCUGAAACCGGAGUUUGUCGACAUCAUCAACGCACGUGCAUAACGCGCACAAGACGAUCACCAAAUGGAGCACUUUCCCCUUAGUCUGUCACGCAUUGCUGUUUCAUUCAGACUGGGCCGACCCGUGCACAAACAAAUGUCUGUUUUACUUCCCACCUUUGCUUGAAAGAUGUGUUGAACAUUUAGCUGUUAAUAACUUAUUUUUGUUCUUGUUUCGUGUGAUUUAACUCUUAACUGUCUAAAAAAGUGAGACGUAAUAACAGUUGAGAUAACGUUUAGCGUUUUUUUUUAUAAGUUGAAAAGGACUGCUGCUGAUAUAACAGGUAAUAUUUUUUGGAGCGCAUCCACCAGGCUACAGUAUGUUGGCCUUUGUGUUCGCUUACUAAAUGAUGUAAUGUCCUCACUGCUGUAACAUCUGUCUCACCUACACGCUUAAAUGUCUGUAACAACUGGUGUUCCAGACAGAAUUCACUUGAAUUAACAUAAAGCAAAGAAAAUAUCUGCAGAAUGUAAGAGGAAGGUUCUAGAGGUGAGGAUUCACAGACAUUGAUUGGUGAGUUUCACAUUGCUUAGGUUACACCUCCCUUCCCUUGUUGCAGAUGUACCUGAAACAUGAGGAGUCAGUGACCCUCAGUAGAUCUAAAAGCUUUACAACGUUUGGCUCAGGUUCGUUGGAUGGUGUAGAGAUCAGGGGACUGAUCAAUGUAACCUGGAAACAAAUAAAAAUAUGGUAGAAACGUUU